AUGGAUGCCAUGUCCACCCUGAACGUAGUGGUCGUCAGCUUCUUGUUGCCGGCGGGCAUCUUCUGGCAAUUGAGUAUCUCCACAUCGAAUGCCGUGAUUGCAGCAUUGUCUGCGUUUCUCUCUUUGGUUUCCCUGGCGUACUGGAAGCUCUACCUGUGGCCCUUCUGGUUCAGUCCUCUGCGCAAAUUGCCCGAACCGCCGGGUGGUCACCGUUUUCGCGGCCAUGUGAAACUGGUUCCGAACGAACGAUCGGGCAUGCCCUUGCAAGAAUGGAUUAACAAUGUAUCCAACACCGGGCUGAUCCGAUAUCGCAUGCGGUUCAACAAGGAGGUAGUAUUUGUCACCAGUCCCAAGGGCCUCUCCGAGGUCCUAGUUCAGAAGAAUUACGAGUUCGCCAAGCCGUACAAGUUGCGACUAGGGCUGGGUCGGAUUCUGGGGAUUGGGUUGAUCAUCGCCGAGGGCAAGGAACAUAAGACGCAACGCAAACACUUGAUGCCUGCUUUUUCGCACCGACACAUCAAAAACCUCUAUCCCAUUUUCUGGGACAAAUCCGUCGCGCUGGCCCGAGUACUUGAAGAAGCCAUCUUGCAGACUGCGGAUCAAUCAAGCAAUCCAUCGAGUAAGGUCUUCGACGUGGCGGACUGGCUGGCACGGGCAACUUUGGAUAUCCUGGGCGCAGCCGGAUUCGGGGAGGAAUUUGACACUCUCCAUAACCCGGACAAUGAGAUCUGCCGUGCCUACCGGGGCGUGUUUGAGCAACGACCCCCUCAAGGCAUUCUGGCAAUGGGCCUGUUCCUGUUGCGUGAGACUGUCAUAAGCGCUCUGAGUCUGCCGCGCCAUGACAGUGUCACCAUGGCCACCAACACAUUGACAAGCGUGGCACGUCGGCUGAUCUCCAACAAGAAGACCAGCGCCGAAAAAUGUGACAGUGACGGACGAGAUAUAAUCUCCGUCGCGCUGGAUUCGGGCAAUUUCACGGAUUCAAUGCUGGAGAACCAUCUAUUGACCUUUCUGGCGGCCGGACACGAAACCACGGCGACAUCGAUGACCUGGGCCCUCUAUGCCUUGUGUUUGUACCCGAAGAUCCAAGAACGACUGCGCGCAGAGGUUCGCCUCCGACUGCCGCGCAUUUUGGACGAUACUUCACAUACGCCGAUGACGGCCGAACUCCUGGAUAGUCUACCAUACUUGCAUGCCUUCUGCAAUGAAGUCUUCCGUCUAUACCCGCCUGCCGGUCUCACUCGACGGGUAGCGGUGAAUGACAUCUCCAUCCUAGGCCAGUUUAUUCCCGCAGGCACGGAGAUCGUGAUCUCGCCGCGCGCCCUGAAUGUGUCGCGAGAAUUAUGGGGGGACGAUGCGAAUGUCUUCAAUCCCGAUCGAUGGCUCGGGCCGAAUAUGGCCAACACCGGUGGUGGCCUGACUAACUUUUCCUUCAUGACUUUUCUUCAUGGUCCACGGUCCUGCAUAGGGCAGGGCUUUGCUCGUGGCGAGUUCGCCAGUCUGGUCGCGGCGCUGGUGGGCACGUUUGAGAUGACGCUGGCGGAGGAAUCAGAGAUAACCAUCGAGACCGGGUUGACCUCACGGCCCAAGGGCGGAUUGCGCGUGCGAUUUUGUCGCGUGUGA